AUGGAAAACGGAACUAGUGAGGAGGGCUGCACGGGAGGAAGAGGAGGAGAGAGGAGGUGCAGAUCGUCUCUGGAAAUCAUCAUCAGAGGGACCGAGAGAAGAAGGAGGGCGGCAGGAGGACGGCGCGGCUCCGCAGGACAGGACACAGACAUGGACAAGAACAACGAGAUGAUGUCCGUCGAACACCAGAAUGGGAAUUUAAGUGGGAAUGAGACGGUUGAUGACAAAACGGAAAAGAAGAAGAGGAAAAAGAAGGAAAAAGAGAAGAAGGAGCCCAUGGUCGGUCCCCUCGGCGUGUUCAGGUUUGCAGACAACUGUGACGUUUUGAUGAUGGUUGUGGGGACUGUGAUGGCAGUGGCCAACGGCGUGGUGCUUCCUCUCAUGUGCAUCGUCUUUGGCAACAUGACGGACAGUCUUAUAAAUAGCGCUGCGACCAGCAACAACCUGCCCGGCAAUUUUUCAAUUGCAAACAUGACCAGCACUUUAGAAAAGGAAAUGACUACUUUUUCCAUCUAUUACUCUAUUAUGGGAGCUGUUGUGCUGGUUGCGGCGUACAUGCAGGUGUCCCUCUGGACGCUGGCAGCGGGACGGCAGGUGAAGCGCAUCCGCGUCUUGUUUUUCCACAGAAUCAUGCAGCAAGACAUCGGCUGGUUCGAUGUCAACGAGACAGGAGAGCUCAACACUCGUCUCACAGACGAUGUCUACAAGAUCCAAGAGGGCAUUGGUGACAAGGUGGGGAUGUUGAUCCAAAGUUUCAGCUCCUUCAUUGCGGCCUUUGUCAUCGGCUUCACCCAAGGCUGGAAACUCACUCUUGUCAUCCUGUCUGCGAGUCCUGCCCUGGGAAUCUCAGCUGCACUUUUCAGUAAGGUGCUGGCGACCUUCACUACCAAGGAGCAGAGUGCGUAUGCCAAGGCCGGUGCCGUGGCAGAGGAAGUGUUGUCUGCUGUCAGGACUGUGUUCGCCUUCAGUGGCCAAAAGAAGGAAAUCGAGAGAUAUCACAAGAACUUGGAGGAUGCUAAAAACAUGGGAGUAAAGAAGGCGAUCUCUGCUAACAUUGCCAUGGGCUUUGCAUAUAUGAUGAUCUACUUCUCCUACGCUUUGGCCUUCUGGUACGGCAGUACUCUCAUCCUGAAAGACGAGUACACUAUCGGAAAAGUAAUCACUGUGUUCUUUGUUGUGGUCAUUGGCGUGUUUGCAAUGGGGCAGACUUCUCCAAACAUCCAGACGUUCGCCAGCGCCCGCGGAGCUGCAUAUAAAGUGUACAACAUCAUUGAUCAUAACCCGAGCAUCGACAGCUAUUCAGAGUCCGGCUUCAAACCCGACUCCAUCCAAGGGAACAUAGCGUUCCAAAACAUCCACUUCACCUACCCCUCAAGGCCUGACGUCACAAUAUUAGAUGACAUGAGUUUAAGUGUGACGAGCGGACAGACCAUGGCGUUAGUUGGCAGCAGUGGUUGUGGUAAAAGCACCACGAUCCAGCUGCUGCAAAGAUUCUACGACCCCCAAGAAGGAUCAGUGUGUAUUGAUGGCCACGACAUCCGCAGUCUUAACGUCCGAUACCUGAGAGAAAUGAUUGGAGUCGUGAGCCAGGAGCCGAUCCUCUUCGCCACCACCAUCGCCGAGAACAUCAGAUACGGCCGGCCUAACGUCACGCAGGCUGAGAUUGAACAAGCGACCAAGGAAGCCAAUGCUUAUGACUUCAUUAUGAACCUUCCAGAUAAGUUUGAAACACUAGUUGGUGACCGAGGAACUCAGAUGAGCGGAGGACAGAAGCAGAGGAUCGCGAUUGCCCGAGCUUUAGUCCGCAACCCUAAAAUCCUUUUGUUGGACGAAGCCACGUCUGCACUCGAUGCCGAGAGCGAGACCAUUGUCCAAGCUGCGCUCGAUAAGGUCCAACAAGGCCGCACCACCCUGAUCGUGGCCCACCGCCUCUCGACCAUCAGAAACGCGGACGUCAUUGCAGGCUUCCAGAAGGGUAAAAUUGUAGAGUUGGGGACUCACAGCGAGCUGAUGGAAAAACAAGGAGUCUACCACACACUGGUCACCAUGCAGACCUUUCAGAAGGUGGAGGAAGGGGAGGAGGAGAAUGAGCUGUCUAUGGAGGAGAAAAGUCCCACGUCCAACAUUAUUUCUAAGUCUUCGCUGUACAAGAGGCAAUCAACAAGAGGCUCGUCCUUCACCGCCUCAACUGGAGAGAAGGAGAAGGAAGUGUCAAACAAUGACGAGGACAAAACGGAAGAGGAUGAAAAUGUUCCCAUGGUGUCGUUCUUUCAAGUGUUGCGUCUCAACAGUUCGGAGUGGCUGUACAUUCUAGUGGGGUUGAUAUGUGCCAUCAUAAACGGAGGCAUACAGCCUCUGUUCGCAGUCCUCUUCUCCAAGAUCAUCACUGUGUUUGCUUUGCCAGAUGAUAUGAUCAGAGAACGAUCUAAUUUCUUUUCCCUCAUGUUCGUCACCAUUGGAGUCGUGUGCUUUGUCACCAUGUUUCUACAGGGAUUCUGUUUCGGUAAAUCUGGAGAAGUUCUCACCUUGAAACUGAGACUUGGAGCUUUUAAAUCAAUGAUGAAACAGGAUCUUGGAUGGUUUGACAACCAUAAAAACAGUGUUGGAGCUCUCACUACAAGACUGGCUACAGACGCAGCCCAAGUACAAGGAGCCUCAGGAGUGCGUUUGGCGACGUUCGCCCAGAACAUUGCCAACCUCGGCACCGGCGUGAUCCUGGCUCUGGUGUACGGCUGGGAGCUGACCCUCCUUAUCCUGGCCGUGGUGCCCGUCAUUGCGCUGGCUGGAGCUGUGCAGAUGAAAAUGCUCACUGGACACGCAGCUGAAGACAAAAAGGAACUGGAAAAGGCUGGAAAGAUCGCCACAGAGGCCAUCGAGAACAUCAGAACAGUUGUUUCUCUCAAUAGAGAACCAAAAUUUGAGUCUUUGUAUCAAGAGAACCUCGUAGUUCCAUAUAAGAACUCUCAGAAAAAGGCCCACGUGCACGGGUUUACCUUCUCCUUCUCUCAGGCCAUGAUCUACUUUGCCUACGCAGCGUGUUUCCGCUUCGGAGCUUGGCUCAUUAUUGCAGGGAGGAUGGAUGUUGAGUCAGUGUUCCUUGUGAUUUCAGCUGUUCUGUUUGGUGCCAUGGCUCUCGGAGAGGCAAACUCCUUCGCUCCAAACUACGCCAAGGCCAAACUGUCUGCUUCCCACCUCAUUAUGUUGUUGAAUAAAGAGCCUGCUAUUGACAAUUUGUCCCAGGAGGGAGAGUUGCCGGACAAAUUUGACGGUAACGUGAGCUUCGAGGAUGUGAAGUUCAACUACCCUUCACGCCCCGACGUGCCCAUCCUACAAGGCUUGAAACUGAAGGUGAAGAAGGGGGAAACUCUGGCCCUGGUGGGGAGCAGCGGCUGUGGGAAGAGCACCACCAUCCAGCUGCUGGAGCGGUUCUACGACCCCAGAGAAGGCAGAGUGCUGAUGGACGGUGUGGACGUCAAACAGCUCAACAUCCACUGGCUGAGGUCUCAGAUAGGCAUCGUGUCCCAGGAGCCGGUGCUGUUCGACUGCACUCUGGCUGAAAACAUCGCCUACGGAGACAACACCCGCACCGUGACCAUGGAGGAGAUCCAGGCGGCCGCUAAAGCAGCAAACAUUCACAGCUUCAUUGAUCAACUACCACAGAAGUACGACACUCAGGCGGGCGACAAGGGGACUCAGCUGUCAGGUGGUCAGAAGCAGCGAAUAGCCAUAGCCCGAGCCAUCCUUCGCAACCCCCAAGUGCUGCUCCUGGAUGAGGCGACCUCUGCGCUGGACACGGAGAGCGAAAAGGUGGUGCAGGACGCCCUGGACCAGGCCAGCAAGGGCAGGACGUGCAUAGUCGUGGCCCAUCGUCUCUCCACCAUUCGAAACGCCGACCGCAUCGCAGUCUUCCAGGGAGGAGUGGUGGUGGAGCAAGGAACGCACCAACAGCUGCUGGCAAAGAAGGGAGUCUACCACAUGCUGGUCACCACACAGCUGGGUUACAGGACAGAAUGAGGACACGGGACACCUCACCUGAUACUCAUCGUUGAGGAGGACUAGGUUAAACAUUUUGCCUUGUAUCUUCAGCUCCCUGCUUUCAUGCUGUCAGUGGAGCAGCUGGACUGAAAGAACCAAUCACGUCUUGAGUCUUCAUCAAGUCCAACUGUUCUGUUGAUUGGCCGGCACCGUCAAGACUCAC